AUGGCAACGGAAGCUGUUGCGCACAGGCUCGCUGCUGUCAAAGCAUCGCCCUCGACAGCGCAGUACAAGCAAAUCAAGAGACCAGGAUUCUACACCCCAAAAUUCGCGUUGUCAAGAGAUAGCUGGCACAAGACUCUGGCACAACCAUGGCUCAAGCACACAGAUCCGCUGAUGCCUCCAUACCCGUAUGGCGCGAAUGUCAAUUACCCAGAAGCAAACUACGGUCUAUAUGGUGGUGCCACGAUCCAGUCAGGAAACAAGAUUUCUCAAGGCCGCAACAAGGGCAAAACGUUGCGAAAGUGGUUCCCCAAUGUCCGGCUCGAGAAGAUCAGGAGUGAGGCUCUGAACCAGGAGCUGACGAUACCGAUUCGAGCUCGAGUGAUGCGCACCAUCCGAAAGGCUGGCGGCCUCGACCAGUACGUCCUGGGCGACAAGCCUAGCCGGAUAAAGGAGCUCGGGCUUUUGGGCUGGAAACUGCGCUACAUUAUCAUGAAAUCGCCCGCCGUACAGAAACAGUUCAGAGACGAGCGCCGCAAGCUUGGGCUGCCCGAGAACGAUCCUACGGAGGAGACGUUCGCGGACGUUUGGAACGAUCCCAAGAGGAGGCAGCAGUUGAUUGCACAGCAAGAUCAAGCCUGGGAGAACCUGCGAGAAAAGAUGGAGAAAUGGGAUGAGCAUGUCAAAAGACAAUGGGAUGCUUCGGAUUUCUCGUGGGACGAAGAGACCAACAGCCAGUGGAGUGAAUCGGAUCAGCCGAGCUACGUGGGGAAGGACAAGCAAGGUGGUACGCUACGGACCACACUACCGAGCCAGUUGACGUUGCCGACGGUGGUUGAGGAAGAGAGAGCUGUGAAGAUAAGGGGAGCUUACCAGCCGCGGCGCAAGCUGCGCAGCGAGUCCACCUCGCCGAAGCUGCUCGAGGAAGGAGUUGCAGAUGAAGUAGAACUCGAAGAGCAAGAGGCCGAGGUGGAAGAGAUGGAGCCCGAGCCCGCUACCCAAGAGAGGCACCCGGAAGAAGUCCCGGAACGUGUACGUUGA